AUGUCGAACAAAUCACAAUCUUCGUCAGACGAACAAGGUGGGUCUUACUUUGAUGACAACAAGCUAGACCAACAAUCCAAUAAUCAAGAAACCCCAAUUCCAAACGAGAAAAACCCAGACUAUGUUCCACUACUGCCAGAUCUUGAAGAAGACCAUUUCCCAAUGACCAAAUAUGGAAUUCUCUCAGAUUAUUCCACAUUGGGUCUCAGGGGUAACAAAUUACAGUAUGCAAUAACAUUCUGUUGUGUUGUUGGGUUCUCUCUUUUCGGUUACGAUCAAGGUUUGAUGUCUGGUAUUAUUACAGCGCCUCAAUUUGAAAGAACCUUCCCUGCAGUUGGUGGUGGUACCCAUCAUGCUACUGUCGUUCAAGGUGCCGUCACUUCCUGUUAUGAAUUAGGUUGUUUCUUUGGUGCUCUAUGUGCAAUGUAUUUCGGUAAUAAGUUAGGUAGAAAGAAGCUCAUUCUUUUUGGUUGUUUUGUUAUUGUCAUUGGUACCUUUAUUUCCAUUUUCCCAUUCAGAGGCCACUGGGCUUUAGGUCAUUUUGUUAUUGCAAGAAGUUUAACUGGUUUUGGUAACGGUUUCAACACCGCAACAAUCCCAAUGUAUCAAUCCGAAGUUUCUGAGGCUAAAAACAGAGGUUUAUUGGUUAAUUUAGAAGGUUCCAUGGUGGCUGUCGGUACUUUUAUUGCAUAUUGGAUUGAUUUUGGUUUAUCAUAUGCAAAUGGAUCUGUUUCUUGGAGAUUGCCAAUUGCUUUGCAGAUUGUUUUCGCAACAGUUGUUUUCUUCUUUAUGAUUGGCUUACCUGAAUCUCCAAGAUUCUUAAUCACCAAAGAUAAGAUCGAAGAAGCACGUUAUGUCUUGGCCCAACUCCAUGACACUUCAAUCAAUGACCCAGAUUUGUUAGAAGAAGUUAUUCUUGUUAGAGAUGCUAACAACAGAUUCUCUAAAGGUGUUUCCCUUAAGGAACUUUUCACUCCUUCCAAGCAUCAAUACUUAAACAGAUUGCUUAUUGGUUCCUCUGGUCAAUUUUUCCAACAAUUCACUGGUUGUAAUGCAGCUAUCUACUAUUCUACCGUUUUGUUUGAAAACACUGUUGGACUAAGUAGAAGGUUGUCCUUAGUCUUAGGUGGUAUUUUUGCUACUGUCUAUGCACUUUUCACCAUUCCUUCUUUCUUCCUUAUCGAAAGAGUUGGUAGAAGAGCUUUGUUUUUAACCGGUGCAAUCGGUCAAGGUGUUUCUUUCAUCAUUGCAUUUGCUUGUUUAGUCAAAGAUACAAAGGAAAAUGCUAAAGGUGCUGCUGUUGGUUUGUUCUUAUUCAUCUCCUUCUUUGCAUUUACAAUUUUACCAUUACCUUGGGUCUAUCCACCAGAAAUCAAUUCCAUGAGAACAAGAACCAUGGCAACUUCUGUUUCUACUUGUACUAACUGGUUAUCUAACUUUGCGGUUGUUAUGUUUACUCCAAUCUUCAUCAAUAGGACCAAAUGGGGUUGCUACUUAUUUUUUGCUGCAAUCAACCUGCUUUAUGUUCCAAUCAUUUUCUUUUUCUACCCAGAAACUGCUGGUAGAUCGUUGGAAGAAAUCGAUAUCAUUUUUGCUAAGGCUUUUGUUGAGAAGAAACCAGCUUUCAUUGUUGCCCAACAACUGCCAAAGCUUUCAAACAAGGAAAUUGAAAGAGAAGGUAUCGAGCUUGGCCUAUACGAAGAUGAAAACGAUUUCUCUGAAUGGGGUUACGAAACCGAUGCUAUCACCAAGCGUCGUCCAGUUCACUCACGUCAAAACACUCAACAAACUUUAAGGACGGUUCCUGCUAGUACUACAACUCCUGCGGCUGAAGUUUAG